AGUGUCUCCCUCAAAUUAGGCACCUUCCGGCUUUCAAGAUGACGCUGACUUGUCCUAAACACGGUACUUUUCCUCGCAAAUCUCUCUAGUGAUUCCUCUUUGGAAUCAAACACAGGUAGAUUUCAGGAGAAAUUUAGAGAGAGAUUUUAGAGAGAGAGAGAGAGAUGGGGGUUCCAGGAAGAACAGCAACAGCAAAAGAUGGUGGCGGAGGAGUGGAUUUGCUAAGUGAAAAAGCAACAAAGAUGAGAGAAGCACUGCAGAAGAGCGAAACAAUCACGGAUAAAAUGGUCUCCAUUUUGGGUUCCUUUGACCACCGACUCUCUGCCCUUGAAACCGCCAUGCGCCCCACCCAAAUCAGGACACAUGCUAUUCGGAAAGCUCAUGAGAACAUCGAUAAAACUUUAAAGGCUGCAGAAGUCAUAUUGUCUCAAUUUGAUCUUUCUGUUCAGCUAAUGGAAUCUCCCACAGAGUUUUUGGGAGUCAUGCUUGCAUCUUUACAGGCCAUGAUGAGGUUGUUGAUGUUUGUGGAUGAGGUACUAGAGAAUGCUGUACUCUACCAAAAAGGACCGGUGAUGCAAUUUUAUUGUAAAGAUUUCCUAGAUUUCCCGAAUUAUGGAAAUACAGGGAUACUGGUUCAACUCAUGGGUUUGCUAAGGACUUCUAAUAUAAACAAUUUUUCGUAUGUUAAAUUAAAUUUCUGCUUAUGCAGCAAACCUGUUGAACCUGAACGGCUCUUUGAGUGCCUUCCCAAUUCUAUGCGACCAUCAUCUGGAUCACCUGGAGAUCAGGCUGAUUCCAGUGGAAAGUUUCCAUCAUCCCACAGUCAUUCUGAGCAUCAAAAUAAUGAAGAAAAUUCUGCAUACACAACACCGACUCUUAUUCCACCCCGGAUUCUGCCAUUGUUGCAUGAUUUAGCACUACAGAUGGUUCAGGCUGGUAAUCAGCAACAGUUACUGAUAAUAUACAGGGAAGCUCGUUCUUCAGUUUUGGAAGAAAGCCUUCGCAAAUUGGGAGUAGAAAAGCUUAGCAAAGACGAUGUUCAGAAGAUGCAAUGGGAAGUUUUGGAAGCUAAGAUUGGAAACUGGAUACAUUUUAUGAGGAUUGCUGUCAAGUUGCUGUUUGCUGGCGAACGUAAAGUUUGUGAUCAAAUUUUUGAAGGCUUCCAUCCCCUUAUGGAUCAGUGCUUUGCUGAAGUUACUUCCGGGAGUGUGGCAGUGCUACUGAGCUUUGGAGAUGCAAUUGCCAAAAGCAAAAGAUCCCCUGAAAAGUUAUUUGUGCUUCUAGAUAUGUAUGAAAUAAUGCGAGAAAUUCACUCAGAGAUCGAAACACUUUUUAGAGGUAAACCCUGCAAUGAUAUCAGAGAAUCGGCCUUGGGUUUGACAAAGAGGCUUGCACAGACAGCACAAGAGACUUUUGGCGACUUCGAAGAAGCAGUUGAAAAAGAUGCUACAAAAACUGCCGUAGCAGAUGGAACGGUUCAUCCUUUGACAAGCUAUGUGAUAAACUAUGUGAAAUUCCUGUUUGACUAUCAAUCAACAUUGAAGCAACUUUUCCGCGAGUUUGAAAAUGGAGAUGACUCAAAUUCUCAGCUGGCUGCUGUAACAAUGCGUAUAAUGCAGGCUCUUCAAACCAAUUUGGAUGGAAAAUCUAAGCAAUAUAAGGAUUCUUCUCUGACUCAUUUGUUUCUCAUGAAUAACAUUCAUUAUAUGGUCAGAUCUGUCCGCAGGUCUGAAGCCAAAGAUUUGUUAGGCGAUGAUUGGGUGCAAAGACAUCGGAGAGUUGUGCAGCAACAUGCAAAUCAAUAUAAGAGGAUUGCUUGGGCAAAGAUUUUGCAAUGCCUCUCUGUUCAAGGCCUGACAUCUUCCGGAGGUGGCAGCGCUGCUAGCAUCGAUGGAGGAAAUAGCAGUGGAGUAUCAAGAGCAAUCAUCAAAGAUAGAUUGAAGACAUUUAAUAUUCAAUUUGAAGAGCUUCAUCAAAGACAAUCUCAAUGGACAGUUCCUGAUUCCGAGUUAAGAGAAUCCCUGAGGCUCGCAGUUGCUGAAGUCUUGCUUCCAGCGUACAGAUCUUUCAUUAAACGCUUUGGGCCUUUGGUUGAGAAUGGUAAGACCCCGCAGAAGUACAUCAGAUACAAUCCAGAGGAUCUCGAACAUAUGCUUGGUGAGUUUUUCGAGGGUAAGACCUUAAAUGACUCGAAGCGUUAGACUGAUCUUUGUAAUGAGGUUUACAGGCCUCGACUUUGUCUUUUAUUAGACGAAAAUGGGCCAUUGUCUCGUGCAUGAUGUUUUUUUCCUUUUGCCUGUUGGGGUGGUUUAGUUCUUGACAGCAUGUUGUAAUAUAUUGUAGAGAAGCUUUCUUAUUCAUAGAUUGCUUGUUUUUGGAUGGAGAAAUUGUAAUAAGGUAUGAAUGUUCUGGGAUCUUAACACAACUCUUAGUUUUAAGGAUCAUAAUUCAUA